AUGUACAACAUGUUAGUAAAUGGGUUUAUUGCAAAAGGGCAGUUUGAUGAAGCUAAAGCAAUUGUGAGUGAAAAGAUGUCCAUUAAUGGCUGUCAUCCCGAUAUUCAUACAUACACUUCACUCAUUCAUGGUCUUUGCAAAACUGGGCAUUUGGUUUCAGCUUAUGAUUUGAUGAAAGAAAUGGAAUCAAAAGGUUAUGAGCCCAACACAAUCACUUACACAAUCUUGAUUAAUGGAUUUUGUAAGAAUCGAAGAUUUGAUGAAGCAAGUGAGGUGAUUCAAGAAAUGUCACAAAAGGGGUUGAGUUUAAACACAAUUGGAUACAAUUCAAUCAUACAUUCGUUAUGUAAGUAUGGUGAUGUCUAUAAAGCUGUAAACAUGUUUGAAGAAAUGCGUAUGAAUGGAUGCAAACGCGACAUUUUCACUUUCAAUUCACUAAUAUUUGGGUUAUGUGAGAUUGAAAUGAUUCAACAUGCAUUGAGAAUGUGUCAAAAAGACAUGGUGUUGGAAGGUGUUGUUGCGGAUACUGUAACUUACAACACUUUGAUUCGUUCUUUUCUUAAACAAGAGAUGGAGCUGUUGAAAAAGCAUACGAUGUUUUUGGGAAGAUGA